UAGAAUAGCCUCACCCUUCUAGAAAUCCUUUUGCGUUACGUCAUGGUUACACGUAUAUAAUACUGACAGCGGCGGCUUCUUCUGCAGAAUAGCCUUUUGGUUUCACUGCUGUCCAUCUUGUGUUUUUAGAGAGAGAAAAGCUAUUUGGAGAGAGAGAGAGAGAGAGAGAGACCCUAGUCUUCUGCGGGCCAACUACAACAAUGUCUGGAAUGGGAGCAGGUAAUGGUCCUCAAUCUGAAGAUCAGAAACCCAACAUGGCUGAUCAGUCUCAAUCAAACCAACUCAAUAUCAAGGUCAAGAACCAGGAAGGGAAUGAGGUGUAUUUCAGGAUUAAACGUAAUACCCAGCUCCGCAAGCUCAUGACAGCUUAUUGUGACCGACAGUCGUUGGACCCCAAGUCCAUCGUGUUCUUGUUCGAUGGACGCCGUAUUCACGCGGAACAAACCCCAGAUCAACUUGGCAUGGAGGAUUGUGAUGAAGUUGAUGCCAUGCUGCAUCAGACUGGUGGUGGUGGCUUUGGAGACAUAUGACUUGGAAUAACUUGGAAGCUUAGAACAGUUAAUAGCUUGAAAUGCUUUAGGUUUGGUAUGCAUGCAUGCAACACCUUCGAAGAGGGCAUCUAUCGUAAACUCUGGCCAACUCUAAAAACUUCGAACUUCAAUGUA